CAUGAUUUUACUUCCGUACCUCACGAGUCCACAUUCAUUUAAAAUGUCACAGUGCUUUCAGGGAAGUAAGCGACGCUAUGUGUAAGUAAACACUUCAUGAAGAGCCACGUUAAUGUAAACCUGCACCUCAGACCUCAAACCGGAGGACUGGCUUUGUGAGAGCACCAUAGGGCUGUAAAUAUUAAGGAAAGUGCGGAUCAUGUCUCUGCUCAGAUUUGGAGUCACUCUGCUGCUGUUUGCACAUUCACUCGGAGACCCUGGUACGUUCAGCGUGGACUACGAGAACGACUGCUUCAGGAAAGAUGGAGAAGUGUUUCGUUACAUAUCAGGAAGCAUCCACUACAACAGGAUCCCCAGAGUGUACUGGAAGGAUCGACUGCUGAAGAUGUACAUGGCAGGACUGAACGCCGUCCAGACGUACAUCCCCUGGAACUACCACGAGGAGUCUCCGGGCCGCUACAGUUUCAGUGGAGACCAGGACGUGGAGUACUUCCUUCAGCUGGCCAAGGACAUUGGUCUCCUGGUCAUCCUUCGGCCUGGACCGUACAUAUGCGGAGAAUGGGACAUGGGUGGACUCCCUGCCUGGCUUCUUAACAAGAAAGACAUUGUGCUGAGGUCUUCAGAUCCAGAUUACAUCACAGCAGUAGACGCAUGGAUGGGGAAGUUGCUGCCAAUGAUGAAGCCCUAUCUCUACCAGAAUGGAGGUCCUAUUAUCACUGUUCAGGUGGAGAAUGAAUACGGCAGUUAUUUUGCUUGUGACUACAACUACAUGCGACACCUGACCAAGCUGUUCCGGUCUCACCUGGGUGACGACGUGGUGCUCUUCACCACAGAUGGGGCCGGGGUCAGCUUCCUCAAGUGUGGCUCGAUACAAGAUCUCUACGCCACUGUUGAUUUUGGGCCAGGUGGAAAUGUCACCGCAGCCUUCGAUGCACAGAGACACGCUGAACCUCGUGGACCUUUGGUGAACUCAGAGUUUUACACUGGCUGGCUGGACCACUGGGGGUCACGUCACUCUGUCGUGUCAACUGCCAGAGUCGCUAAGUCGCUUAACGAGAUCCUGUCCAUGGGAGCAAACGUCAACCUUUACAUGUUCAUAGGAGGAACAAACUUUGGAUACUGGAAUGGGGCCAACACACCUUUCGCCCCACAGCCCACGAGCUACGACUAUGACGCCCCGCUCUCGGAAGCAGGAGACCUCACAGAGAAAUACUUUGCUAUUCGAGAGGUGAUCAAAAUGCACCGUAAGAUACCAGAGGGGCCAAUACCACCAACUACUCCAAAGUUUGCAUAUGGAACUGUUGUGAUGAAACAGCUCCAGACAGUGUCAGACGCCUUAGAAAUACUUUCUUUCUCAGGCCCGGUCAAAGGCAUGUAUCCACAAACUUUCAUUGAACUGAGCCAGGCCUUUGGUUACGUGCUCUACAGGACUCGUCUGCCUGUUGACUGCAGCACACCGACUCCUCUUUCAUCUCCUCUGAACGGGGUCCAUGACAGAGCUUACGUGUCGGUGGACGGGGUGUCUGCGGGGAUUCUUGAAAGGAACAGAGCCAUAUCUAUAAAUGUAACGGGGAAAUCUGGCAGUCAGGUGGACAUACUGGUGGAGAAUAUGGGCAGAAUCAACUAUGGAAAAAGCAUAAACGAUUUUAAGGGCCUGGUGUCCAACCUGACUCUGGGGGCGGAUACGCUCCUCGGUUGGACCAUGUACAGUCUCAGUAUCGACGAAGCCGUCAGUCAGGGCCUCCUGGGUGAAACUAAACCAACAGCUCCUCCUGCCCCCGCUGCUCUCUCACUCCCAGCGUUCUACGGGGGAAGUUUCAUCAUUCCUGAUGGUAUCCCCGACCUCCCACAGGACACCUACAUCAAGCUGCCACAAUGGAGGAAGGGGCAAGUUUGGAUUAAUGGUUUCAACCUGGGACGUUACUGGCCGAGCCGAGGACCUCAGGUAACUCUCUUUGUCCCCGCCAACAUCCUGACUACAGCUGCACCCAACAAUGUGACCGUCCUGGAGCUGGAGGAGGCUCCCUGCAGCCCGGGGACAUGCAGUGUGGAGUUCACCACCACUCCCAUCCUCAAUGCAACAGUGCAGUCUGACCUCAAACAGCACUGGAGGCUGUUUACUGUAGACGAUUUGUAGCGAAUGUCAGGGAACUCACUGCUGCACAAGAGGAAUUUAUUCACACCACUUACAGAUUUCAAAUCAGCACUUGUCUAAGCUUGGUGAAGGUUUGAUUUUAAAAAGCUGUAAUAUGUCGAAGGUGAUUCUGGGACAUGUCAUUAAUGAUUGAAAGUGUCCUUAUGCACUGUGGGCAUCUCUACCUCGCUGAUUCUACAUUUUUAUUCAGAGGCUUUUUUUCUCUCCCCACAGGGAUUAUUGGCCAAUCAUCAACAAGGCCUGUAUUUUAGAGAAUGUUUAUUUUUCAAUGUGAAAAUGCACACCAGGGAAAAAUGUUUUAUGUAUUAUCAUAGGGCUGUGGAUACAUUGUGGGACUUGUGUUCUGUAGCUUUUACAAAAAAAAAGAUCAUUGCAGUGCGAUUGGAUGUUUGUGAAGCAUUAUUCUUUUAAAAAGACCAAAUAAAAUGAUUUUAUAAUACUCAAA